UUAAAAAGGAAAGUGAGAACAUCCCAACGGAGUGGAAGUAGUACAUUUUUGCCUGCUCCCAUGGUAUAGGACUCAGUAAAACUCAUCUUUACUCAGCAAAGAUGGUGUGUGAGAGCGGUAGGUAGGAAAUUUAUUGAUUCACAUAUACAGUACUCUGUAAAACUCAACAUGAAAAAACUCAGCAAUUUUUUUUUGUAAAACUCAACAUGAAAAACAUGCCUCCCCCGUAGAAAAAGUUAAAACUGAAAAAGGGUAUAUCAGUAAAGGGAACCCAUAGAACUGUACUGACCAAACCGAGACGGGCAGCUCUGUUGACGAGAGUCCACUCACUCGAAUCAAAUCUUCUCUGAUGGUCGCCUUGUCUGGUGGAAAUGGUAAAAUACAAUGAACUGUUUCUCUAUCCGUCUUCGAUUUUACGUACUGAGACGUACAUGUAUUGUCGUAGUUCCAGGACUCAUCUUCUUCAUAACAUAUCUCUAAAGCAUUAUUAUGGAUAUGUAUUCAAGUUUGUUAUUUCCGGCAUUUCUGGUUCGUUCUGUUCUUCUUUUUCCCGCCGCCUUAUCUGUGUGGAUUUUGGGCGUGCUGGAAAUGGUUGUUGAGAUGGGAGGUUUGGUCCUCCAUUGUCGUAUUGAAAACCCUCUAUUAAGACACCCAACAACUAUGGAAAGUUAGGAGUUGCGAAUUAAAAUCAAUAUAAAGUUGUUUAUACUCGUAAUUAUUAAUGGCAGUAGAGAUCUACUUAUUUUGACUGAUGGCGUUUUGCGUAAGCAAGUACCCUGUAAAUUUAGGAGGUCGAGCAUUCAUUAAAGGUAGACGAUGUCACUUUUUUACAUAUGAGUUUUUGGAGGUAGACCAUGUCACUUUUUCUGAGAAUAUUUCCUCAUUCCUCUGUAAUUUUUAGGUCGAAAGCAGGUUUUGUGUGGGUUUGAUUAAUGGAGUUCACUGUCUAAGGUUUUGAACAAGUAUUUCUAUGUCUCGGGGCAGAUCUCCAGAUUCACCUGAUGAUUGGAAUAUGGGUUCUCGUUUUAGGUCUGGUAAAUCUAGUUGGCAGUUUCGAACGAAGUUCCAAAAUGAAAAAGUUCUUUCUCAGAAAAGGCCAAAUGAAAGUAUUGCUGGAAAAAGUGAACCUCCAAAGAAAAGAAGUUCUGGUUCAGAUGCCUGUAUGAACUCUUCUUCCAGUAGGCAUUCCUGGGAUGCCAUACUGCAAAAGAGAGGUAAUAAUAUUCAUGAAGGAAAACAUAAGCCCAAGGAAAAAGAGAAAGGAGAUAGUGAUGAGUGCAAAGGUAUGGCUAUGAACAGAGAUUCUGCUUCAGAUGACGCUUGGAAUUCAUGUCUGCAAAAGGAAACAGAUGCAGGCAUGAAGAAAGGUUCUCAUUCAAGCUGGCCUGCUUGGAACUCAUGUCUGCAAAAGGAAACAGAUGCAGGCAUGAAGAAAGGUUCCCAUUCAAGCUGGCCUGCUUGGAACUCAUGUCUGCAAAAGGAAACAAAUUUUGCUGAUGAAGGAAACAACAACACUCAUGAGAGAAAAAGUUCUGCUUCUGAGGACGGCUGGAAUGCUUAUUCCAGUUGGCCAUCAUGGAAUUCCAGGUUGCAAAACGAUACAAUAGCUGAUGAAGGAAAAUAUGUGCCUGACAAAACAGGUUCCCACCAUUGGAACUCCUGGCUGCAAAAGAGAAGUGGUGCAGAACAUUCUAAAGAUGUGUUCCCAAAAAGGGAUUCUAGAUCUGGAGAUAAUGUUGGAUCACAUUAUCAUAAGCCUCCUUGGAAAUCAAGAUCGACAAAGCGAAGUAAUUUUGAAGAGGAUCAAACAUCGGUUCAUGGAGGUCGCAACUCUAGUAACCGGGAUGCUAGAUGGGUUUCUCCAGGAUCCAGAUCAUGGGCAAAUACUAAUGCCAGAGAAUCCCACGGUAUUUCGUGGAAAAGUUCAAACUCUUCUGGUCAUUUGCAAGCUUCUUCACGUAGGCAUGUUUGGGGAUCUGAGUUUCACAUAAGAAAUAAUGCUGAGGGUUUAAAAAGCACUCUUGAAGAAAGCACGUCUAAAGUUAUUAACAGCCUAAAAAAGAAGGGCUUUAUGACGGAGGGUUGCUCGAAAAAAGAUAGACCUCACAAGAGGUCACAAAACUCAGCAGAUAUUGCAGGACAGCUUUCUAAAUGGCCUAAGUGGGAGGAUACAUCACACAAAGGAUCAUAUAAGGGCUAUUGCACAGAUAGCCCUAACAAAUCCAGCAUAUGGGAUGGGAGCAAUGAAGAUGCAGCAGAUAUGAAGCCAGAAAAGUUGAUGCCAAACACAACUCAACAUUGUGGAUCUCCUAUCAGAGGUGCUUCUUGGAAAAAGAGAAGUGAUGAUGAGAAUUCUAUCUUCGAGUCUGCUGCAAUAGUUGAAACCAAACCUUGUCAUCUGGAAUCCCUGCAAGAGAGAGGUAACAGUUAUGACAAAGCUAAAGAUGUACUAUUGCAAGGAAACAAUUCAAUUGCCACAGAUGAAUCUUGCUCUGAUUUGCCUUGUCAAAAUUCUGAUGUAGAAAAUAUAAACGAUAGGCAGGAAGUCACAAAUAGCUGUAGAAAAGAAGCAGACGAUUCAUUUGAUCUGCCUUCUAGGAAUUUGGAGGGGCAAGGAUUAAAACUUGUGGAAGAUUCUAGAGAUGUGCAUAACAAAGGGGUAAAUGUGGGCUUAGAUAGUUUCCCUUCAUUGAUCUCCUGCAGGGAAGAAACAAACAACCUGGAAAAAGGAAACAACAGACUCGAGGAAGUAGCCUUUGACAAAAAUGAUGGUGAGAGACUGUCUCUUGGUUCUUCGGAAUCCAAAACCCGGAUAGAUAGCAAUGAAGGAUCAAAAGACGAUCUUCUAAAAGUAUCUACUUCUUGUUGGUCCUCAUGGAAGCUCAAUGAAAUUGACACUUCUGCCGAGAGGGCCAUCAACAUAGUUGAUGCUGCUGAGUUGCCUUCUAGUAGAACAUCUGCUGAAGUGGAAAUGGUGCACAGAGGGAAGGAACAAGUAAAGGAUGAAUUUGGCAAAAAUCGUCUAGACAGAACUGAGAGUGCUGAAUUAGAUUCAACUAAUCAAGUUCCAGAUAUUGAUGUUCUUACUUGUACUAAAGAUUUUAAUGCUAGUAGGCUACAGAACCUGGUCGGUGAUUCUGCUGAUGGCACUAAAUUACCUCAUAAUGAACCAGUUUUGGAGUUGGGGGUUGAAAGUACGUUGUUGCUUGGUGAUACUGAUAGCACUACACUUCCUCCUAAUAAACCAUAUUUAGAAUCGGAGGUUUAUAAAAAUAAUAAGGAACACGCUGGAGAUAAUGUUGUUGGAAGGGCUGAAGUUCCCAUGGAUCAGUCAUCUAUAAAAGUUUCAGAAAUGGAAGUUGCUUGUUGUUCUAAAGAUUUUGGUGGUAAUAGGCUACAAAACCCGGUAGGUGAUUCUGCUUUCUCUCUUUCACCAUGCACUAAAUAUCCAAACCCCCCUACUUCCAGUUAUUCCACGUCUGUCUUGCCUAAACUUUCAGUGUGUGGUGAGACAUAUGACAAUCAUCUCAACGUGUUACAUAGUAUUUCUGCGUGCCAUCAAAGUUGCCCUGCAAAAAAAAGCGUAUGGAAGGGAAGCUUUGAGGUGAUUGAUAUUGCUUCAGUUGUCAAAAUCUUUGAAGGAUUCACUGCUCAUCCAUCUUCUAAAGUUUGUCGUAAAGCUUACGAGUUCUCAAAAAAGAUGACAUCUACUUUGGAAUUUCUAGUGCACCCUCGAAGUAAAUACUGGCCAGUGAUAUUUGAGGAUUGUCCUGAUACAAAUGAUAUUGCUUUGUACUUUUAUCCAAAGAAUGAACAGGCCUUGCGCGGUUACACUUCACUGCUAAAGUUCAUUGACAGCAAGGAUUUGAUGCUCAGGAGUAAGAUGGGUCAUGUUGAGCUUCUGGUUUUUCCCUCGAGAUGGUUAAAUGUGAAAUGUCAAACCAUAAAGAACAGUUACUUUUUUUGGGGAGUUUUUCACAUCAAAACAAGGAAGUAAAUGAUGAAUGUUCGAGCCUGUUCUUCAUCUGUAGUGAAAAGCAUUUAUGGGUCAAGUUAUUCGAUGUGAUUAAACGCAAUGCUUAUUGCGACAAGAUUUGUUGACAUCCUAAGCAAAUAGUGAGCUAGUCCAUUUUUCUUUGUUUGCCAAAUAAGCCUUGGAUUUAUGAUUUGAUUGUUUUGAAAGCCACUAAGAGCCGAUUUGGUAACAUUGAAAUUAGUUGAAUCGGUUGAUUCGGCUGAAAUUGAUGAAGUUCUGGUGAAAGUGGUUGAAAUGUCUGAUUCUGCUAAUUUAUUAAAAAAAUAAAAAAUAAAAUAUAUUUUAUUAUUAACAUAAUGCAAAAUGUAUACGAAAACAUGGCUAAUAUAGUAACUCCAGCCAGUGUAGCCAGAAAAGUAACUUUAACCUUACUUAUUUUGAUUAUUACACAAUUUAGCAAGUCG